AUGGCUACAUCUGUUAUGAGCAAGGACAACUAUAUUGGCAGGAGCUGGAAGCAGAAGGAGUUGUUUUUCCUCGUGACUUAUGUACUUGGUUUCUAUGUUAUCAUCAUUAGACGUUCCCUUCAACUCUCUCACGAUCACUAUACAAAACUAUUCGGUUUACGUCCAGGAUGGCUUAUACCUCAACACCUCAAUGAUGUCUCAGAUGCUCAAUGGCGGAAUUUCCGAGGAAAUUUACCUGUUCUAACUCUUGUAUUUGGAGUUUUCACUCUUCUGGCCAACUUGACGAGGGCUUUCUUCAAUUUGAAAGUGAGAGGAAUGUCCAUUAUCUGGCUUUUAUUUUCUUUCAUCUACCUAUCAUAUCUGCAUGGAGCAUGCGUGAUAUUUGUGCUCUCAAUAGCGACUAUUAAUUUUCUUCUUGUUAAGAUAUUUGCGCGGAAAAAGUACUUUCCACUUAUACUUUGGAGUUACAACAUAUUUUUUCUUGUCUGUAAUCGGAUUUAUGAAGGAUAUUCUUUUUCUAUGUUUGGGCAACAAUGGAGAUUUUUGGACAAUUCUCGGGGCAGCUUUAGGUGGCACAUAUGUUUCAACUUUGUUGUUUUGCGCAUGAUAAGCUUUGGAUUGGAUUAUCAUUGGACAAAUGAAGAUUCUCAUUUUGAUCCGGAGAAACAUUCUCAACGUUGUCAUAUUUGCAAAUCAGGAAACACAUGCUAUCAAGCUUUACAGGAGGGAAGUCUGCAUGUCAACAAGUUUGGAUAUGUCGUAUACCUUUGUUAUUUGGUCUAUGCACCACUUUAUAUUGCCGGUCCAAUAGUGAGCUUCAACGCAUUUGCCUCACAGCUAGAUGUUCCUCAAAAUAGUAAUUCAGUUAGAAAUGUGAUACUCUAUGGUUUCCGCUGGGUAUUGUGUUUUAUCCUUAUGGAGCUCAUGACACAUCUAUUCUACUAUAAUGCCUUUGCUAAUAGUGGAUUGUGGAAGCACUUGUCUGCUAUGGACGUGUUCAUAAUUGGAUACGGGGUCUUAAACUUCAUGUGGCUAAAGUUUUUAUUGAUCUGGCGCUUUUUCAGGUUCUGGUCACUGGUGAAUGGAAUUGAGGCUCCAGAAAAUAUGCCAAAAUGUAUUAAUAAUUGCCACAGCUUGGAAGGCUUUUGGAAAAAUUGGCAUGCUUCCUUUAACAAAUGGCUUGUGAGGUAUAUGUACAUUCCUCUUGGAGGAUCUCGGAAAAAGCUCCUAAUUGUAUGGGUUGUAUUCACUUUUGUUGCUGUCUGGCAUGAUUUAGAGUGGAAGCUUCUUUCAUGGGCGUGGUUGACAUGUUUAUUCUUUAUCCCUGAGUUGGUAUUAAAAUCAUCCGCAAAAGCAUUUCAGGCUCAAAGUUCUUUUCGGGAAUUUGUAUUUCGUGAACUCAGUGCUGUUGCUGGUGCCGUCACAAUCACUUGUCUCAUGGUGGCAAAUUUGGUUGGUUUUGUUAUUGGACCAAGUGGUAUUAACUGGUUAAUUUCUUCUUUUCUUCACAAGGAAGGGUUGCCUGUCCUUGGGGGCUUGCUUACGACAUUUUACGUUGGAACAAAGCUUAUGUUUCAUAUAGAAGAAGUAAAGAAAACGUCUCCGUGA